AAACCUGGAGCUGUAUUUUGGGCAUCUCUAAACGCUCAUGUGAAUUUUGAUUGGUUGUAAUCUGGCAUGUUGCUACAGUGAAUUGUGUAAUAGUGAUUCAAAUUGUGAAUUGCCAUAAAACCAGUGGCGAGUGAUUGGUUAGCCCUGAAAACUAUAGUUUGUUAACGCCACACUGUGCAAGAGGUGCCUCAAGUUUAGUUUGUCAGGGUGCGACAGGAAUAAGGCACUCGAUGGGACAACAUUUUGUUGUUUUCAAACUUCUGAUUAUAAAAUCCAUGCAGCCAUUGGUCAGCUUGUUUCCUGUGUGUGUGUGUUUCCUGGCCCGUGUUGUUCAGUAGUCAAAGUGCCUCUAAAGGGAAGGAUUAGCUGUCCAACACACAGGCUCUCCCCACAUGUACUUGCUUCGUGACUCCCCAUCUGGCUGCUCUGAGCAGUCCUUACAGUCUUUCUCUAUUGGCCUGCUCGUCCACUCCAAUUUCAUCUUGUCCUCCUUGCAAUUGUAGGUUUUUGUUUUUUCUUCCAUUUUUUUUCUCAAAGUGAUGUGUUGUUCAGUGGGUUUCGCCAGGUCCCUGGGUCUGGCUCUGUUGCCUCUUGCCCUGUGUUGUAUCCUGGCCAAUAUGCUCCUCUUGUUUCCUAUGGGAGAAAUAACAUAUAUACAAGAGGAGCGCCUGGCCAGAUACGUCUGGUACUUUGGUGGCCUGGGUGGUGGAGGACUGCUGAUGCUGGUUCCUGCUAUAAGCUUCAUUACUUUGGGAAAAUGUAACUGCUGCUGGAAUGAGAACUUCAUGAUGUGUGGGUCAGCGUUGGCUGCAGUGGUGGGCCUGGUAGGGGCAAGCUACUGCUUUGUUAUUUCAGGCCUGGCCUUGAUGCAGGGUCCGCAGUGCUUCACUUCUCUUGGGUGGUCCUACCCCUUCGCAGAUCAAGGAGGACGGUAUCUUCUGCAAUCAGAGACGUGGUCUGUGUGCCUCCAGCCACUUAACAUUGUCGAGUGGAACGUGACUCUUCUUUGUGUGCUGUUGGGCCUGGCUGUGCUAGAGUUCAUCCUGUGCCUUUUACAGCUGGGCAGUGGUUUAGUCAAUGCUGUCUGUCGGCCUUGUUGCUAUAAACAGGAGUAUAGUUUGAAUGCUUAAACACUAUCACCCGACAUUUUGUUACGCCUAAAUACACUCUUGCAACAGCUACACACUGAAGGCCAAAUGUCCACACAGAUGUCCGCAGUUCAGAUCCAUUAGUGUCUUCACUUUAACCAAGUACACACUUUCAGUACUGAGAUUACACAAUGCAUAUGUCGAAUUUAUCUCAAUGUACCUUUAUUGUGCCAAGAUUUCUAUGAUGUGGUCAGAGCUAUUUGUACUAUCUAGUAUUGUAGUACUGGUACACUACUACAAAAUGUGUUUAUGUGUACAUUGGCUCCUGCUUUUUUAAAUAUUUUGUUGUACAGUACAUAUUUUUCCUCUUCUGUCUGGCUCUUAGAGGAUAGUUCAAUGUUAAGAAAUGUUUUAUAUUGAUAUUUUGGUAAGAUAUUUUAUAAUGUUUGUCUGUGCUGCCCUGAAUAAAAAACAUUUCUAUUCCAA